GCGGGGCCAGGCCGAGAGGCCUCGCGGGUCCUCUCCUGCUGUAARGUUCCAUAAAAGCGUCCGGGCGUCGAGCGCCGGGGGCGUGAGGCGACGAGAUGGGAGCCGCAGGCUCCUCCUGCUCCUAGAGAAACAUUAACUUGCAGAGCUGUGCUGWCCUUUGGAAAGACUGUGGAAAGCGCAGUGUUGAAAACAACGUUUAAUAGGCAAAGGGAAAAAAAAUGCAAUUGCCAGUUUUUACGGUUGACGCGUUUACAGGCCAUCCAUUUUCUGGAAAUCCUGCGGCAGUUUGCCUGCUUGAAAAUGACUUGAGAGAAGACUUGCACCAAAAAAUUGCAAUGGAAAUGAACCUCUCAGAAACUGCCUUCAUUAGAAAACUGCACUCCACAGAUGACUUUGCCAAAAGUUCCUGCUUUGGGCUGAGAUGGUUCACCCCAGCCAAUGAAGUUCCUCUCUGUGGUCAUGCUACGCUUGCUGCAGCUGCUGUGUUGUUUCACAUACAAAAAAACUCAAAUUCGGUUCUUACUUUUGUGACUCUGAGUGGUGAUUUAAAAGCUAGACAAGUGGAAGAUCGUAUUGUCCUGGACUUACCACUUUACAUUGCCUACCCACAGGUGUUUCAAGAAGUAGGAGAAUUAAUAAAGGCAGCCGUAGGUGACAUGAUUGUUCAAGACGUUCGUUAUUCUCCUGAUACAAAAAACAUCCUGGUCCGUCUCAGUGAUACUUAUGAAAGAUCUGUAUUGGAAAACCUGCAUGUAAGAGCACAAGAUUUUCUGUCAGCUGAGAACACGGGAAAAGUGAAAGGACUCAUAGUGACACUUAAAGGAGAUGCCAAUGGAAAACCUAAAGGCUAUGAUUUCUACUCCAGAUAUUUUGCACCUUGGUAUGGAGUUCUGGAAGACCCUGUUACAGGGUCUAUCCAUGCUGUUUUAGGCAGCUACUGGUCAGAGCAGCUGGGGAAAAAAGAAAUGCUUGCCUUUCAAUGUUCUCGUCGGGGAGGAGAAUUGAAGAUUUCACUACGUGAUGAUGGAAGAGUUGACAUUGYGGGGCAAUUUGCUGUUGUAAUGAAAGGAAAUCUGACUUUCUGAAGAAAUUGACACUAGUAUCUUAAUCACCCACUUCUCAAUUUAUUUGUGUUAUACUAAUUCCUUCUUCWAGGUGGUAUAUCACCAUGGUCUUCAAAAACCUUUGAUUGCUUGAUGUCCAUUUACAAACUUACUUGAAAAAUGUUCAUUUUUGAUCUUCAGGAUCUUUGAUUUUAUCCAUCUUCAUCAUUUUUUUUUCUUGUCACUUGGUAUGUAUACUGAUCUCAGAAACUGUCCAAGGAUUGCUAUUUUCUUUAUCCACUCACCGCUAACUUUUUCUUUACGUUCAAAUCCCAUAUUAAGAUCCAUUUCUCCUUCCUAGAUUUGUUUGUAAAGUUCUUUGACCCAUAAAAUAAUUUUUUUUCACAUUCAAUAAUUAAGUCAUUCUGAAAUAUGACUAUAGUUCAUUUWAAAAAAAAGCUUUUGUCAUACU